AAAAGCUAGCCUUAGCUUUCCUAAUUGCCUGUGUUACAACAGAAUGGAUUUAACUUUAAAGGGCAGGUGCUUUGAUUGUCAGUUUCGUUUAUCCAGAAGUGGAACUGACGACAUACAAAUUUAGGGUGAGGUGAUGAGCAUAAAGAUACUAGGUGCCUACCAUAACGAUACCAGGUGCCUACUAUAACACGAUGUCGUCUGUGGUUUCUCAAUAUGUUACUAAAAUUAUCUGUGGAAAUCAAGGAUGUUUGGACUUCAAGCAGCUUGACCAAAUCGUUGGUCAAAAGUUCACUUGUGCAAAUGAGGUCCUACUUGGAAUACUUCGUGACAGCAGAAAAUAUGCCAUCAGUGAAGGCAAAGAAAAGGCUUCGGGUUGUGUUAUGAGCCAGGACAGUGUUAUUGUUGCUAAGACUUCACUACGAGUCUGUCAAACCUCUCAUAAAGAGUGUCAUCAGUGCGAUAAUUUACACAUAUGCAGCCACUUUGUGUGCGGUAACUGCAAGUACGGGAACAAGUGCAAAAAGGCCCACAGUCUAGAUUGCCCACACAACGCAGCUAUUAUAAGUGAGGUGGGUCACCAUGACCUGGGGGAGGCAGAGCUGUUCCAACUUCUGCUGCAGAACGACCCCUACCUGAUGCCUGAGAUCUGCUCCCAUUACAACAAGCGCGUUGGUGAGCAUGGCAUCUGCAAGUUUAAAAGCAGCUGCACAAAACUCCACCUCUGCCUGCACUUCCUCCAGGGUGACUGUAGGUUUGGUGCUGGUUGUAAGAGGGCCCACACGUUCGAUGCCCCUGCAAUGAAGAUUCUAAACAGCAGAGGAUUCAGCCAAGAGAACAUCAAGAUCCUCCACAAUAUCUACAAGAAUAAAUUCAUCAUAACUCACCAAGAAAAUCCAGCUGCUGUAGCACCUUCCCUUGCUCCAGUCAUGAUGCCAGUUGAGAAACAUCAGCCCUCCUCCAGCUCCACCAGUGAGACUGACAGGAAUGAAAUCUGCCUCUUCUUCAUCCGCAGUCGCUGCAGCUUCAAAGACACAUGUGUCCGUGUCCACUACCAUCUGCCUUACAAAUGGCAGAUCUUAGAUGGAGUGACUUGGAGAGACCUGGACAAUGUAGAGGAGAUUGAGAAGGCCUACUGUAACCCACAAAAUGACACAAGUGGAGGAAGUAAGCCUGUGAACUUCCUCACCAUGACAUGUGGAAGCCCUCCAGUUCGUCGUCUGUCCACUGUUUCAUCAGUCACCAAACCCCCUAACUUCAUCCUCACAACAGAAUGGCUGUGGUACUGGAGAAAUGACUGUGGCCAGUGGAUAGAGUAUGGCCAUGAGGGUGGUGAGGGGAAUGUGACCUCUGUCAUUUCCCAGACCCUGGAGAAUGCUUACCAAACUGACUCUGACAGCGAGAUUCCAUUUGAAUCUGGAGAUCAGAAGUACAUUCUCAGUCUCAAAGAGAUGCAUCAGCAGAAUAUUAGAUUUAAAACCAAAAGAGCAAUUUGUAGAAGGCCCUGUUUUCUCUCUAAGGAAGAUGUGAAUGACAAGCUGAAGAGUGAGUCUGAGAGCUCCAGCUCCUCUGUGACUGUCCCUCCACACUGGGACAAAGGAGUCUUGUCUGACGCCACAGACUACAAGCUGGUUACACUCUCAAGCCAGAUAGAAGAGUACCAAAAGUUGGAGACGCUAUUCAAAAAUACCAUGGCCAGCAGCACCAUCCACAGCAUCAAACGGAUCCAGAACCCCUCACUCUGGAGGGUCUUCCAGUGGCAGAAGGAACAGAUGAUGAAGAAGAAUGGCGGGAAACUGGUUGAUGAGAGAGAAUUGUUCCACGGCACAGAUCACUCUAUCAUAGAUGUCAUCUGUGAACAGAACUUUGACUGGAGGACCUGCGGUGUGAAUGGAACACUUUAUGGCCUAGGGAGCUACUUUGCUAGAGAUGCCUCAUACUCUAACGCGUACAUAAGAUCUCAGAGCAGCAGUAAGAAGAUUAUGUUUGUGGUUCUGGUCUUGGUUGGAGAGUUCACCAAUGGGUGUCGAACAUACCGUCGUCCACCUCAGAAAAGCACCAGCAAGGUCCUCUAUGACAGCUGUGUCGACUCAGAAAACAACCCAUCCAUUUUUGUUGUGUUUGAGAAACAGCAGAUUUAUCCUGAAUACCUAAUUGAGUACUCCUAAAAUCCACAGGGGUCCAUACCAAUGUCUUCCACUGAAGACAACUGAUAUUUUGUGACUUGCUAACAGUCCUCACAUGCUCUACCUACUGUAUUUCUGUUAUUUCUGUAUUGAAAUGGGGCUAGUGAUUUAUUGAAUUGGGGCUAGUGGUUUAUUGAAUUUGGGCUAGUGGUUUAUUGAAUUGGGGCUAGUGGUUUAUUGAAUUGGGGCUAGUGGUUUAUUGAAAUGGGGCUAAUGGUUUAUUGAAUUGGGGCUAGCGGUUUAUUGAAAUGGGGCUAGUGAUUUAUUGAAAUGGGGCUAUUGAUUUAUUGAAUUGGGGCUAGUGGUUUAUUGAAUUGGGGCUAGUUUUGGGGUAUUUUUUUAUUAUUAUUUUGGGCUCUUUUAAUCCAUUUCGCCAGUUCAGUGCUAUAGCAUGGUUGAAAUUUAAAGGCAAUGUUCCCACGCUCACAGUCGCUUUGUCACGCCCUGGUCUUAGUAUUUUGUGUUUCCUUUAUUUUGGUCAGGCCAGGGUGUGACAUGGGUUUAUUAUGUGGUGUGUUUUGUCUUGUUUUUUGUAGGUAUUGGGAUUGUGAAUUAGUAGGGUCUUUUUUGUUUUUUUUUUGUUUAGGUUUUCGUGUUACGUUUAUUGUUUUUGAAUCUAAAAUAACCAUGCUGCGUUUUGGUCCGAUCCCUGCUACACCUCCUCGUCAGAGUAGGAGAUAGAAGAAAACCGUAACAGAAUCACCCACCACAAAAGGACCAAGCAGCAUGGUGACAGGCAGUGGCAGCAGGAGCAACAAGGUCUGGAUUAUACGACUUGGGAGGAAAUAGACAGGUGGGCGGUCGACCCAGGGAGAGUGCCGGAGCCCGCCUUGGAUUCGCUGAAGCAGUGCGAGGAAGGUUAUAGGAGAAUGGAGUUGGAGAAACGAACACGGCGGCGUGGAAGGAAGCCCGAGAGUCAGCCCCAAACAUUUAUUGGGGGGAGGCACAGGGAGAGUGUGGCAGAGUCAGGAGUCAGACCUGAGCCAACUCCCCCUGUUUAUCGUGAGGAGCCAAGGAGGAGACCAGAACCAGACCCGGUGUUGGAGGUGAGCGAAGCAGAGACUGUGAAGGAGUUAAUGGGGAAAUUGGAGGAGAGAGUUAUGAGGGAGUUGCUGUGUUGGUGCUUUAGGCACGGAAUUCGCCCGACGGAGCCUGUCGGGGAUUUGAUGGCACCUGGGUCAGCGCUCCAUACUCGUCCUGAGGUGUGUGUUAGUCGGCUGGUGAAGAUUGUGCCAGCCUCACGCACCAGGCCUCCUGUGCACCUCCCUAGCCUUGCACGUCCUGUGCCAGCCCUGCUCUCAAGAUCUCCAGUACGCCUUCACGGUCCAGUCCAUCCUGUGCCACCUCCACACACCAGCCCUCCGGUGGCAGCUCCCCGCACCAGGCUUCCUGUGCGUGUUCUCGGCCCAGUACCACCAGUGCCAGCACCACGCACCAGGCCUUCAGUGCGCUUCGCCUGUUUAGCGCUGCCAGAGCCUUCCUCCUCUCCAGCGCUGCCAGAGUCUCCCGCCUGUUUAGCGCUGCCAGAGCCUUCCUCCUCUCUAGCGCUGCCGGAGUCUCCCGCCUGUUUAGCGCUGCCAGAGCCUUCCUCCUCUACAGCGCUGCUGGAGUCUCCUGCCUGUUCAGAGCUGCCAGUCUGCAUGGAGCUGCCAGUCUGCACGGAGCUGCCAGUCUGCAUGGAGCAGCCAGCCAACUACCUGCCUGAGCUACCCCUCAGUCCCGAGCUACCCCUCAGUCCCGAGCUACCCCUCAGUCCCGAGCUGCCCCUCAGUCCCGAGCUGCCCCUCAGUCCCGAGCUGCCCCUCAGUCCCGAGCUGCCCCUCAGUCCAGUGGGGUCCUUGGUGAGGGUUACUAGGCCAAGGUCGGCGGCGAGGGUCGCCAAUCAAAGGACGCGAUGCAGGUGGACUAAGACUUUGUUGGAGUGGGGUCCACGUCCCGCGCCGGAUCCGCCACCGUGGACAGACGCCCAUCCGGAACCUCCCCUAUGGGUUUAGGUGUGCGUCCGGGAGUCCGCACCAUGGGGGGUCGGGGGGUUCUGUCACGCCCUGGUCUUAGUAUUUUGUGUUUCCUUUGUUAUUUUGGUCAGGCUAGGGUGUGACAUGGGUUUAUUAUGUGGUGUGUUUUGUCUUGGGUUUUUUGUAGGUAUUGGGAUUGUGAAUUAGUAGGGUUAUCUAGAAAAGUCUAUCAAUCAGAGGCAGGUGUUUAUCAUUGUCUCUGAUUGGGAACCAUAUUUAGGCAGCCAUAUUCUUUGAGUGUUUGGUGGGUGAUUGUUCCUGUCUCUGUGUUAGUUUGCACCAGAUUAGGCUGUUUAGGUUUUCGUGUUACGUUUGUUUUUGUACUGUUCGUGUUCUUAUUCAUUAAACAUGAAUCUAAAUAA